UGCUGUGAUUGCAGGCAGUGAGGCGGCGGGAUGAGGAGAAGCAGAGAGAGUGUGUAUGUGUGAGUGUGAGUGUGUGAGUGAGUGAGAGAGAGAGAGAGAAACCGAAGGGAGGAGUCAUGGAAAGGAGAGCAGCUGGAGCUGCACUCGUUACUUCAUAUUAACCAAAUUUACACUAAAUACAGUAACACGCAAACCAGAAAAAAAAAAAAAUAUAUAUAUAUAUAUACUUCUUUCUGUCAUUGUCCCAACUGUAAUGGUAGAAUGCAGUCAGGCUAGCGCUGUGGCUAAAUCUGUGAAGUUUGAAGUUUAGGUGAAGGAGAAGGAAAAGUUUUGUUGUUGAGCGGUUUUGAUUAGUUUUUGAAGUGGAGGUUGGGGAGAGCGCAACAUUUUGGCUCAACGAAAACAUCUGCAAUUACAGAAAAACCGAAAUAACUUUAAACAAGCAAACAAAAAAGGAAGCAGGAAAAUUGUCUGGGAGAGGGAACUUUCAACCACAUGUAGAUGUUUAAUGGUUCAGUUUUCUCUGUCGCUGCCAGAAGCAUCCCAGUGGAACCAGGCUGUCUCUCCUUGGAGUAAGCGAUGAUACAGGAGUCAACGCAAGGAGAGUUUAAGUAAUGAGAAGCCAUCAUGGAAGCCCAGUCCCACGCCACCACCGCAGCUGAGAAAAAGAAAGUUCAAAAUGCCAUUGUGAAGGGCUCCACUCGAACAGAUGUUAGUGAGAAAGCAGUCGCCUCCAGCACAACUUCCAAUGAGGAUGAAAGUCCUGGACAGCCUUAUCAGAGAGAAAGAAGAAACGCAAUCUCAAUGCAGUCGCACUCAGGAGGACAAGGUCUUGGAAAAAUCAGUGAGGAGCCCUCAACAUCUACUGAGGAGAGAGCCUCACUGGUGAAAAAGGAGAUCCAUGGAUCCCUUUCCCACCUGGCCGAACACUCGGUCCCUUACCGCGGGACGCUAUUCGCGAUGGACCCAAGAAAUGGUUAUAUGGAUCACCAUUACCCCCCACCACAUCUUUUCCCAGCCUUCCACCCUCCUGUUCCGAUCGACGCCAGGCAUCAUGAGGGCCGCUACGUGUAUGAACCGUCUCCUGUUCCCCCGCUGCAUGUGCCUCCUGGUAUCGCAGGCAGUCCCGCAUUCUCCGACAUCUCCCUGAUCAGGAUUUCCCCUCACAGGAACCCUUCAGCAGCGGCCGAGUCUCCCUACAACCCUCCUCACCCCUACAUUAACCCCUACAUGGAUUACAUAAGGUCCUUGCACAGCAGCCCUUCCCUGUCCAUGAUCUCAGCUGCCAGGGGACUCAGCCCCACCGAUGUACCACAUGUGGGUAUUGGCCCAACUGAAUAUUACCAUCAAAUGGCCCUGCUGGCAGGUCACAGGAGUCCAUAUGCUGACAUAAUUCCUUCAGUAGCAACCACAGCAGGGGUGGGGGCCACUGCUCUCCAUAUGGAAUACCUACAAGCCAUGGAAUGUUCCAGGUUUCCCAGUCCCAGGUUGUCAGCUCGCCCCAGCCGCAAGAGAGCCCUGCCUAUUUCCCCUCUCUCCGACCACAGCUUUGACCUACAGACCAUGAUAAGGACAUCUCCAAACUCCCUGGUUACCAUCCUGAAUAAUUCCAGAAGCAGCUCCUCAACAAGUGGCUCAUAUGGCCACUUAUCUGCAGGUGCAGUGAGCCCUGCUCUGAGCUUUGCCUACCCACCUACCCCAGUGGCCCUCCAGCAGAUGCAUCAGCAGUUAAUGAGCCGUCAGCCAAGCAUAGGCUCUGCCUUCGGACACAGCCCUCCCCUCAUCCAUCCUGCUCCGACUUUUGCCACCCAAAGGCCCAUCCCCGGUAUCCCAAAUGUCCUGAGCUCAGCACAAGUCAACACAGGGCCUUCCGAGUCCACACAGAACAAGCCCACCAGUGAGUCAGCAGUGAGCAGUACGGGAGACCCAAUGCACAACAAGCGCUCCAAGAUCAAACCAGGUGAAGAUCCUUCCAGCCCAGGUGCAGGAAGCAUGCAGGAACAGCCUGAAGGAAUGACCUUGGUAAAGGAAGAGGAAGACAAGGAUGAAAGCAAGCAAGAGCCUGAGGUGGUAUACGAGACAAACUGCCAUUGGGAAGGCUGUUCCCGAGAGUUUGACACACAGGAACAGUUAGUCCAUCAUAUUAACAAUGACCACAUCCAUGGGGAGAAGAAAGAGUUUGUCUGUCGCUGGCUGGAUUGCUCCAGGGAGCAAAAGCCUUUUAAGGCCCAGUACAUGCUGGUGGUUCACAUGAGGAGACACACAGGGGAGAAACCACACAAGUGCACGUUUGAAGGUUGUAUUAAGGCCUACUCCAGACUUGAAAACUUGAAAACCCACUUGCGGUCUCACACUGGAGAGAAACCAUACGUCUGCGAACAUGAAAGCUGCAACAAGGCCUUCUCCAACGCUUCAGACCGAGCCAAGCACCAGAACAGAACCCACUCAAACGAGAAACCUUACAUUUGUAAGAUCCCCGGGUGCACAAAGCGUUACACUGACCCAAGUUCCCUCCGAAAGCACGUCAAGACGGUCCACGGCCCUGAGGCUCACGUGACAAAGAAGCAGCGUGGAGACAUCCAUCCACGACCUCCUCCCAGAGACCCUGGCAGCAACUCCCAGUCCAGAUCCCCAGGACAGCACCCUCAAGGGGGCUUCGGAGACCAAAGGGAUUACAACCACACUACCUCAAAGCAGGACGAAUGUCUGCAGGUUAAGGCAAUAAAGACAGAGAAACCUAUGGCGUCUCAGCCAAGCCCUGACGGUCAGUCUUCAUGCAGCAGUGAACAGUCCCCCAGCAGCAACAAUUCCAGCAGUGGAAUCCAGCUUGCUCUGAACGGUGGAGGCAGCAUGGGAGACCUCAGUGCCAUUGAGGAGGCCCCCAUCAUGGAUUCUACAGUGUCCACAGCAACUGCAGCACUCGGCCUGCAGGCCCGGAGGAAUGUGGCAGGGAUGAGAUGGAUGGAGCAGGUCAAAAUGGAGAGGCUGAAACAAGUCAACGGAGCCCUACCAAGGCUGAGCCCCGUUCCACCUCCAAAAGGCCCAUCCCUGCCUCCCGUUUUAGGAAAUGGCUCACAGCCCGGCUCCUACAGUACUGGCGGUGGAUCCAUGACCAUCCUUCCCAAUAGGAAUGAGCUCUCCAUCACUGACAUCACAGUAUUGAACCUGUUGAACGACCGACGAGACAGCACCACCAGCACCAUAAGCUCAGCCUACCUGAGCAGCCGGCGCUCUUCAGGAAUCUCUCCCUGCUUCUCCAGCCGCAGGUCCAGCCAGGCCUCGCAGGCCGAGGGGCGGCACCACAACAUCAGCGUGACAGACUCAGCGUACGACCCCAUCUCCACAGAUGCUUCUAGACGCUCCAGUGAAGCCAGCCAGAGCGGCGGUGGGAAUGGUGGAGGCUUGCUGAACCUCACCCCUGCCCAGCAUUACAGGCUCAAGGCCAAAUAUGCUGCUGCUACUGGGGGACCGCCACCAACACCGCUGCCCAACAUGGAACGCAUGAGCCUAAAAACCAGAAUGGCGAUGAUGGGCGACUGCAAGGAAACCGGGCUUUCUCCUUUGCCUCCUGUGAACGUGCCGAGGAGAUGCAGCGAUGGCACGGCUAAUGGAUAUGGCAGGAGGGGUCUUUUGCCUCAUGAAGCACUAGGGAACAGUAUACGGAGAGCCAGUGACCCUGUAAGGACAGUAUCUGACCCAUUUAACCUUCCCAGGGUCCAGCGGUUCAACAGCCUCAACAAUGUGAACCCUCUUCCCAUGCCUCCGUUCACAGAAAGAAGGAACUUGAGCCUCCAGAACUACAACCGCUCUGAUGGCAACCUGCGUCGCUCCAUGUAUUCACCUUGCCCCCCCAGCAUCAGCGAGAAUAUUGCCAUGGAAGCAAUGGCAAUGGAAGCAGAGGGUCUCCUUAGCGAUGAGGACAUCCUGCCCGAUGAUGUGGUGCAGUACCUUAACUCCCAGAACCAGGCGCUCUACGACAACCUGAACGUCAUGCCAAGAAACGAAGGCCCCCAGGACAUCACAGCAGGCAUACCUGAUAGGUAUGAUCAGUUGCAGGCACUAGCAGUAGGCCAGCAGUACCAUAGCCCUGAGCAUGAAACAAACAAGGACGACAUGCCUAUCCAGUGGAAUGAGGUCAGCUCAGGGAGUACUGACAAGUCGCCUCCCAAGCAGAAGUAUGGACAGCGACCACUAGCCAGCCAGCCCAACCAGACCUUUGGGCUGUUUAACAACAUGGUGGUACAGCAACAACAACAACAACAACAACAACAGCAGCAGCUAAACAUACCUAGGGACAGCCAAGAGAUGUAUGCCAUCCAACAAAAUGGCUACCAGCAAGACACUGAGGUGGACCCAUAUAAUGUCCAGGAUGCUUUGGGUAAUACAAACAAUGCUGGCAGUAUUUUUGGCAUACAGAUGAACAAAGGGCAACAGCAAUACAGACAGAAUUUUGGGAGGAUUGAUAAUUCUUACAACGAGGGCUCACAGAGCCAGGAGAUCAGAAGCAAUGGCAUACAGAUGAUGAAUGACAACCAACACAACAUCAGGCAGGCCUCUGUGGCAGCAAGACGCCAAGUUGCCAACAUGGCUGGUGAACUACAGCAGCGGGCACAUUCUAUCCAGCGUAAUUACAUGCAGACCCAGCCAAUGGUCCAGCAAAUGAAUGAGGGUUUACCCUUUCAAGGAUUGAACAGAGGGAACCCAAUGGCUAUGGCUCACUCUCAAUCUGUCCAAGGCCAAGUGCUGCAGGGUUAUUCUCAGUUAGCGCCUGUUACUCAGCAAAACAGUGUUAUGUAUAAUUCCAACAGGCAGCAGCAGAGGAACAACAUGGCACAGCAGGGUCAAAUGAGGAAUGGGAAUCCAACAUUUCAGGUUACUAAUGUGAAGUUGGAAAUGCAGGACCAGCUACAACAGACCUCCUGCUCUGGGAUGCAGAAUUACCCAGGACAGGUGUUUGACCAAAACAUGGGCUUCAAACCGGCAACCGUAAAGCCUGCCUCAUUCUCUGACCAGGAGAACAAUUGCAUGCUGGGUGCUACUACCAACAAUAACAACCCCUCUGAGCUUCUGUCUCCAGGGGCCAACCAGGUCACCAGCACAGAGGAAAACAACAGCAGUAGCCUGGACAAUGUUCAGUUGGAUUUUGAUGCCAUCCUGGAUGAUGGGGACCAUGCUAGCUUAAUUUCUGGGGUCUUGAGUCCAAGUAUCUUUCAGAACCUCUCCAGGAACUCUUCCCGCCUCACCACUCCUCGAGCUUCAAUGCCAUUCCACAGCGUGCCUGGCGGCCUCACCAAUAUGGCUGUUGGGGACAUGAGUUCUUUGCUGACCUCCCUUGCAGAAGAAAGCAAAUUUCUUGCCAUCAUGCAAUAGACAUUCAUGACUGGUAUAUUGAACUACAGGAAAAGGGACUUUUAAUAGACAAAGUUUAACAAAACAAAAUCAAAGUAAGGCGUGUUGUAGCCAUCUCAUCCUUGGAAAGGGAUGCUUUUAAAGUAUAUUCCUUUUCUGGAAUGAAGACUUUUUUUUUAAGCCCUUAUUUUUUGUAUUUUUUUAUUAUUAUUAUAUUAGGAAGAUAUUGUCUUCCAUUGAUGUAAUUGAAACAGUAUUCUGUGUAUUGUCACCGUUUUUUCUGUAAAAUUUAGAUAUACUGCAUGUUGUAAGGUCAAAUGUAAACACUGUCUUCAUUGGUUAGUAAGUUGAUCCAUCUGGUGAUGUUGUGACUGAAGAGCAAUUAAGUGGACAUCUGCAUAUAAGUUGUCGGCACUACAGGUUAAAACGGGUUUAAAAAUCACAUACAACUGGACCCAAAGGGUGUGUUUUUUCAUUCUUGUUUGCUGACGUGUAUACUUCAUUCUUCAAAAGCUUAAGUCUUCCAAGCCGUAGUAUGUGUUCUUCUGCAUACGCUUACACCCACCGUCCUGAUUAGAAACUGGUAAUUUUUAUGUCUUAAUUGUGGAUGGGUAUUGUUUAGUAGCCCACAUUAUGAACAUCUGCAUUUUUCUAUGUGUGUUUACACUGUGUGUAUAUAACUUUGGUGUUUGUACAUUGCAUAUUCAGAAUAUGCAUAUAUUGUUUUCGUACUUUUUUGCUUGUUUGUUUGUUUGUUUUACAGUACAUGAACAUUUGGAACAUGCCAGCGUGCUUUCUCUUGAAGUUAUACAGAGUAUUUGAGCCCCUGGAAUUGUAUUGAGUGCAUUGUGAUUGGACAAGAGAAAAUGCUGUGGUGUAUAACUGUUUUAGUGAACUGAGGGGUUUAUUUUCUUGUUAGGAAGACUAAAAAUCUCCUAAAAUGAGGAGCUAUAUGUUCUCACAAGUAUGAUUCAGUCUCGAUGUGAGACAUACUGUACAUCAGGGUUCAUCAACCAGGGUUAGCAUGAACCAUCCAACCUCGGAUUAGAGAAUACCUCCUUUAUAUCACUUUACGUGGGAGCUAAAAACUUGACUUGUUCAGUAAAUAUGUUGUGUAGACAGUGUGUCCAGUUAUGUGGGGGUACUGUAUGAAAAGUACUAAUGUACAAUUUGGGCAGUGAAGUUUUCUUUAAAAAAACAACAAUUUUUGUUUCAAUAUAUGUCUCUGUAAAAAGAAGGUACUGCUUUUUAUUUAGUGUUUCCUUUUUUUUAGUAGUGUAAAGUAUAAAGCCUAGGUACAGCUAUGUAUGUCAAAGAUGUACCAGUAUUUGUUGUCCCCUGAAAAAAAAUGAAGGGCUGUGUUCAUAAAGCAUGUUUAUCAAGGUUUUCCUAUUUAAAUGUGGUUACAUAUGUGCAAGUUGAGUUACACAUUUCAGGCUUAAAGGAGCUUUCAGUGAAAUUUCAACCGUUAUUCAUAUAAUAUAAACAGGAUUUACUGAGCCCUAAGUGUUUAAGGUAUGUGCCUUAUUUGUGUUCAUGUUACAAAGAGCUUAGCAGGAACACUGCUGAAUUCCAUUGUUAAGUAUUAAUACUGUUUGACAUUUCUUGUAACCUGUAGCAUUUCAUUGUUUGAAAACCCAUUUUGUAAGCUGAUGUAUUUCCCCAUCAGUUUUUGGGAGGCAUUGUAGUGCAUCUUGCAGACUUGUAAAAUACACAACUUUUAAUUAUUUUUCUUUUCUUUUUUUUUAGAGCUUUUUGUAAAACCGUAAUUGCAAGUAAUCAUUUUUGUAUCUGUAAAUACAUUAUAUGUUAUCUAGAUUUAGAACUGACAUAAAAACAGGAUUCACUGGCCAACAUUUGAUGAAUUUUACAGCAGGGAUUUGAAGGUCCAAGCCUUGGCUCAGACAGAAGGCUCUGUAGCAUUGUGUGCAUAGAACAAUGUGCGUUUGCUGUCAGAACCACUUAGCUUUUUUAUAACUGAGGAAAAUGUUUGUACAAUUUUAAUAAAAAAAAGAACUUUAUAUUUGA